CAACACUUGUGGCCAGUGGGUGGCGGUAGUGAGCAGAAACGCUGUCUGAGCGGCAGUGAGCACCGCCAUUGGGUACAGUAGAAAGAGGGAUGUGUUUGUGUUUUAGCCACAUGAGUUCAGCAUGGUGGGGAAAAUAAAACACGUUCGACAGAAACUUCAUCAGGAGGCGGUGAAGCUAAACAGACCUGUAAGCUUCCCAGAGCCCGCGGUGUUACAGCAGCCUCCUGCUGUGGAGCCUCAGACGGAGAGCCGUCCAGCUGGAGGAGCCACGCUACACCACGUAGCCGAACAUGCUAACCAACAGAUUGAGGUUUGGAGCUCCCUCUCCUCUGGGAUCUUUGCUGGCACUAAGAUUUCUCCAGAAGUCCUGGUGCAAACACUGGAUGUAGAAGAGCCUCCACGUUUAGUCUCUACAAAAGGCCCAGAAGAGAAGAAAAUUAAGUCAAAGAAGGAGAAAUUGAAGGAGAGGAGAGAAAGAUGGCUUCACAAGAUCAACUUCAUCAAACAGGCCAAGGAGCAGCAGGCUGCCAAGGCCCGGAGGCAGGCCACGCCUGUGGUGGGAGACAUGAGGCCUCUAGCUGACGCUUUGCCCGAGCUUUGCCAGCUCAUCAGUCCUGUAGCUGCAGCUCCUGCACCCCGCACCAAGACGAGGAAAAGCAAAACGCCUGUGAGGAGACCUCAGCCCACUGACUUCAGCCAGAUGAAACAGUCCCAGAAACGUAAACUCCUAGAAACUGAGACCAGCUGGUUCAGCAAAGCUGUAAAGACACUCGCCUCCAAGAAGAACCCUCUGGUGGACAUCGGGGAGCAGCUGAGGAAGAGGAUGAGGCAGGAGGAAGAGCAGGGGUCCAGUUAACAAAUACUGGGUGCUAAGACAGGAUUGUGUGUGUGUGUGUGUGUGUGUGUGUGUGUGUGUGUGUGUGUGUGUGUGUGUGUGUGUGUGUGUGUGUGUGUGUGUGUGUGUGUGUGUGUGUGUGUGUGUGUGUGUGUGUGUGUGUGUGCACUUGUCUUUAUGGGUUUGUGUGGACCAACCCCUGACGGGAGACCCACAUUGUGUGGACAUUCACCAUUGUGUGGGCAUUUACCCGGUCCACACAACCAAAAUCCUAGAGGAAGCUUCCUUUGUCCCACCUAGAGUUAAACAUCAUGUUUGCACCAUUCUGGCUAUAGUGGAAGUCAGGGUCCACACAAACAACUCAGAAAACGUAGUCCACACAAACCCAUAAAAACGUGUGUGUGUGUGUGUGUGUGUGUGUGUGUGUGUGUGUGUGUGUGUGUGUGUGUGUGUGUGUGUGUGUGUGUGUGUGUGUGUGUGUGUGUGUGUGUGUGUGUGUGUGUGUGUGUGUGUGUGUGUGUGUGUGUGUGUGUGUUACAGUUUUGUAAUAAACUGACCCAUCUCUG